GGAGGGCCCGGCGGGGGGGGGGCGGAGCUGCCCGCCGUACCGAGCCGUGCCGGCCCGGCAUGGCUUCCCGGGAGCGGCUCUACGAGCUUUGGAUGCUCUACUUCGCCAAGAAGGACCUCUCCUACCUGCAGCAGUGGCUGGAAGCCUUCGUCAUGAACUUUGAGAAGAUCAUCGCCCUGCCCUCGCUGGAGCCCAGGAGGCCGGAGGAGUCGGUGUCGGAGAUCCCGGUGCUGCCGCGGGAGGUGCUGGUGGUGCUGAGCCAGCGGCUGGGACAGUGCGUGGUCCAGAUCCCGCAGGAGGAGGGCGCUGGGACCAGCCUGGGGCAGGCGCUGCUGCUCCUCAAGUUCUUCAUCAUCAUCUGCAGGAACCUGGAAAACAUCCAAGCGGACAAAACCCCCGGCUUCAUCCCGGAGGUGCUGAAGCUGCUGCGGGUCUGCGGGAACAAGCUGAGGAGUACACAAGAGGAGGAGCGGAGCGGGACGCAGCUGGAGAGCGGGAUGCUCUACGCCCUGCACCUCUGCGAGUGCCUCUUCGACCCCUACCAGACCUGGCGCCGGCAGCUCAGCGGGGAAGUCAUCAGCCCGAAGGAGAAGAGUAAAUACAAGUUCGCCCCGGCCCCUUUGCCCCCCGAGUUCGGCGUCUUCUUCCAAGAGAGUUUCCAAGCCGGAGGGCAGCUCCCCGAAACGCUCCAGCUCCGGCUUAUCCAUCUUUUUGGGGCCAUCCUCUCCGGAUCCAAGCCCAACGCGCUGCGGGCCAUCACGCCGGCGGCGGUGGAGGUGCUGCUGGGGGUGCUGCGACGGGGAGGCGGGGAGAACCCCCCGGUCCCCGGUUUGCUGGAGUUGGCGUUACGCGGCGUGGUGGCCGUGGUCCACGUGCUCCACGGCAGCAGUCCCGGCGCCGGCCCUGUGCCCUUGCGUGUCCUCCUGGAUGGUUACUUCAGGGUGCUCAAUUCGGACCUGCCGGCAGCUUCCUUGGCACCGGAAGCGGCCGGUGGCCUCAUCGCUCUCCGUGUCCUCAUGCUGGAUGCCAUCCCGGCCAUGCUGAGCUGUGAGGACCGGCCAGUCCUACAAGCCGUCUUUCUCAGCAACAACUGCUUCGAGCACAUCAUCCGGCUCCUCCAAAACAGCAAGCUCUACCUCGGCAGCUCGCGGGAGACGGGUGAAGCCCAGGACGAGGUCCCCACGCAACCACCAGACAGAGAUGGGCUCCAGCAGGUCUUCAACAGCAGCUCUGAUGCCAUCGCGGUCCACGCCAUCGGGGUGCUUACUGCCAUCAUGAGCAACUCACCCUCAGCCAAGGAGGUGUUCAAGGAGCGCAUUGGCUAUGCCCACCUCUACGAGGUCUUGAGGAGCCAGGGCCAGCCCACCCAACGCCUGCUCCAGGAGCUCCUCAACAUGGCAGUGGAAGGCGACCACAGCUCCUUCCCGGUGCGCCCCAUCCGCAACGAACAGCCCCUGCUCAUCCUGCUGGCCUGGCUGCCAGCGUUGGAGUGCCAGGAGCUGCAGGUCUUCCUCUUGGGCCAGCUGCGGCGGCUCUGCGAAGCCUCCUUGCCCAGCCGCCUCACCUGCGUCAAGGCAGGCAUGGUGGGCUCCCUGCUGGGUGCCCUGGCCACCGAACCGGCGCUGCCGGUUGCCUGCUCGGAAAAUCUACUGGAGCUGCUGCGGGCAUUGGGCAGCCUCUCCAUCCGCCCCGGGGAGCUGCGGCAGCUGCUGCGGCUGUUGCGGCACGAGCGGGGUCGGGGACCGCAUCCCUAUGCGGCACCCGUCAUCCGGGCGCUCUCGGGGAUGGCACGGGUCGAGGGCCCCCCCCGGGCGCUGCAGUGCUUCGACCUGACGCCCGGCAUGGCAGGGAUCAUGGUGCCCGCUGUCCAGAAGUGGCCCGGCGGUGCCUUCGCCUUCCACGCAUGGUUGUGCCUGAGCGAGGAGGAGCCCGAGCCACUGGUGAGGCCGAAGAGGAGGCAGCUCUAUAGCUUCUUCACGGCCGGCGGGACGGGCUUUGAGGCGUUCUUCACCGCCGGCGGCGUGUUGGUGGUGGCCGUCUGUACCAAGAAGGACUACAUGACAGUGGCAUUGACGGAGUUUGCCUUCAACGACUCGGCUUGGCACUGUGUUGACAUUGUCCAUGUCGCCGGCCGCCGGCCCUUUGGCCAGAACAUCGUCAGCAUCUACACCGAUGGGCACCUGCGGAAGACGGCGCAGCUCCGCUUCCCCUCCCUCCACGAGUCCUUCACCUCCUGCUGCAUUGGCUCUGCGGGCCACCGGACCACCACCACCACUGCCACCACCACCACCAGCCACCCGCCGGCAUCCCACAGACCGGAGAUGGUCUUCCCCCCGCGCCCCGCACUCGGCCGCUCCCAGUCGGUCCCCGCCGCUCUGGGACCCCACUCCUGGACCCCCACUCAGCCCCCUACCGAGGGGGUGGUGGCCACCACCGCAGCUGGCAGCCAGGACACCGAGUGGGGCAGCCCCACCUCCCUGGAAGGUCACCUGGGCUCCGUGGCCAUCUUCUGUGAGGCUCUGCAGCAAGCCCAGGUCAAGGCGCUCUUCUGCACAGGUCCAAAUGUCACAUCACCGUUUACACUGGAAGGUGACUUGGCGGAGCUCAGCAGCAAGCUCUUGCUGUACUACACCCCACAGGCCUGCAGGAACAACAUCUGCUUGGACCUCUCUCCCAGCCACGGUUUGGACGGGAGGCUGACAGGGCACAAGGUGGUCAACUGGGACAUCAAGGACGUGGUCAACUGCGUGGGUGGAAUGGGUGUGCUACUGCCCCUGCUCGAGCAAGUGGUGUCCAAGAAGGAGGAGCCCGAGGAUGAGCAGGAGACCAACGACCUGGUGGGACCAGAGCUGACAUCCUCCAGGAACGCCCAGGGCAUGCUCAUCCCGCUGGGCAAGUCCUCAGAGAGCAGGCUGGAGAGGAACAGCGUGGCCGCCUUCCUGCUGCUGGUGAAGAACUUCAUCCAGAAUCACCCAGUGAACCAGGAGAGCCUGGUGCAGUGCCAUGGGCCGGCCAUCAUCGGGGCGCUGCUGCAGAAGGUCUCUGGUCAACUGCUGGACAUGAGCACGUUGAUGGCCUCACAGAUCCUCAUGGAGCAGGUGGCCUCUGAGGGCAGCGGGUUCCUGCUGCAUCUCCUCUACCAGCAUCUCCUCUUCGAUUUCCGCAUCUGGAGCAACAGCGACUUUGCCGUCCGCUUAGGUCACAUCCAGUAUCUGGCCAACGUCAUCAAGGACCACAAGCAACGCAUCCGCAAGAAGUACGGGGUGCAGUACAUCCUCGACUCCAUCCGGACGUACUACGGCACCUCCAGGGAGAAGACCAUGGCCACCGAUGACAUCAAGACAGUGCAGACAUCUCUCUUCAGUCUGGUGAAGGACUUCUUCUGCAGGAGCUUCUCCGGGGAGGAGAUGCAGAGCUUGCUGAGCUACCUAGCGGGGGCACAAGAUGAGCAGCAGGUCUGCGGGGCGCUGGAGGUGAUCCACAGCUUGCUGAAGGGCUCGCCUGCCCAGGAGCAGCUCUUUGCCUUCCUCUUUGAGCCAGGCCACGUGGAGGUCCUCUUCUCGCUGCUGGUGCAGAAGAAGUUCUCGGAUGAAGUGCGGGAGAGGGUAUUCAAGGUCCUCUAUAAGAUGCUGAAGUACGAGAAGGUCCCUGAGCGCAGCAAGAACCGCCUGAAGCUGAAGGACAUUGGGUACCAGGGGCUCAUCGCCUGCCUCAGUGACAUCCCCGGCUCCAUGCUGCUCUUCCGCUGCCUCUCAGAGCAGGUCCUCGGGGCAGACCCUCCCAACUACAAGGACUUGGUGGCCGUGGUUUACCUGUCCCACCGGGCUGAGCUGACCGUCCGGCUCGAUAUCUGCCGCAAGCUCUUCCACUUGAUCUACGCGCAGCAGGACAUGGUGAAGCAGCUGGCCAGGUUGGCCGGCUGGCAGGACACACUCACCAAGCUCUACGUCAAAGAGUCCUACGAGUCCCGCCAGCACAGCCUCAGCAUUGCAGGCAACGGGGGCUGCCUGGAGCUCCUCAACCUCUCGGACCCCCCCGGCAAAGAGGGGACGAGCCCUCCGCCGGCUGAGCUGCAGGAGCUGGAUGUCUUCCUGCCGCUGGGCUAUGAGGCCUCAGACCAGGAGCUCUCCGAGGGCUUCUCUGACCACUCCAUCUCCCCAAGCGGCCGCACCAAGUCCUUCCACUCUUACAACUUCAAGUCUUUCGACUCCUCCGACCGGGCCAGCCGCUCGUCCUCCAACCCUGGUGAUGGACCUCCCUUUGAUGGCGUCUACCACCCUCUCUCACCCUUCUCCACCUCACCCUUCGACCUGGGGCUCGACCUGGCCAGCACUAGCUCCAUCGCCACAGCCGAGAGUGGCACGCAGACCCCCGCCAGUGGCCCCGACACCCCCUCACCCCUGGAGAGCUUCAAGCCCUUCCCAGGAAUGCGAGCACGCAAGAGCUCCAGCCUCUCAAACGUCCUAGAUGAGAGCAGCUACCAGGACGCGCUGCCCAGUGACAACGUUUCCAACACCAGCAACCCCCAGCAAACACCCGAGGAGGAGCUGUGCAACCUCUUGACCAACAUCGUCUUUUCGGUGACCUGGCGUGGGGUGGAGGGCUGGGAUGACGCGGCAUGGAGGGAACGUGGGCAGGUCUUCUCUGUCCUCACCAAGCUGGGGACAGCGUGCGAGCUGGUGCGUCCCCCCGAUGAGAUCAAGCGCAGCCUGCUGGAGAUGAUGCUGGAGUCGGCGCUGACGGACCUGAAGGAGUCGGGGCCGACCACCCUGCCCGGUCUCACCCACAACGCCCUCAAGCUGCUGCGGCUGCUCCAGGACUUCUUGUUCUCCGAGGGACACAACAACCAGGCCCUGUGGAGCGAGAAGAUCUACGAGGGGGUGAGCAGUCUGCUGGACAAGCUGGGAGUCUGGUACCACCUGGCCAACGGCACCUCUGACCUCAAGGAGAUGGCCCAGACGGGUCUACGCAUCCUCGUGGGCUACAUCAUGCUGCAGGACCCCCAGCUGCACUCGCUGGCGUACGUGAAGCUCCACAGCCUGCUUCAGACCGCCUCAGCCCCCAAAAAGGAUGAGGCUUGCUACUUGCUGGGCAAGCUGGAGACCCCACUGCGACGCUCGCUGGAAGCCAAGUCGGAGACCUUCUCCUGGUUGGUGCCCAUCGUCCGGACGCUCAUGGACCAGUGCUAUGAGACCCUACAGCUGCAGCUGUUCCUGCCUUCGCUGCCCCCCACCAAUGGCAGCCCCACUUUCUACGAGGACUUCCAGCUCUUCUGCACCACCCCGGAGUGGAGGGGCUUCAUCGAGAAGCACGUGCAGCCCACCAUGGCCCAGUUUGAGAUGGACACCUUCGCCAAGAGCCACGACCACAUGUCCAAUUUCUGGAACGCCUGCUACGAUGCCAUGAUGAGCAGCUCUCAGCGGCGGGAGCAGGAGAAGGCGGCCAGCCGCAAGAUGUUCCAGGAGCUGGUGCUGGAGCCAGUGGCAAAACGCUCCAAGGCAGAAAACGCCCGGCACGCCAACGUGCUCAAGCAAGCCAACAACCACCACGGCACCGUGCUGAAGCAGUGGCGGUCCCUGUGCCGCCUCCUCACCUCGCCCCGCUCCGCCUGGGCUGACCGGAACCCACCAGAGGUUCGCUGGAAGCUGUCGAGCGCCGAGACCUAUUCUCGGAUGAGGUUGAAGCUGGUGCCUAACCUGAAUUUCGACCAACACUUGGAGGCCAGCGCCCUACGGGACAACUUGGGAGCCGACCACCUCCACAACCCCACCGAGUCCCUCCCGCUCGCCAUGGCCAAGGAGGCCAAGGUGAGCGAGCUGGAGGAUGACCAACUGGCCGAGGAGGACCUCCCCGUCCUGGACAACCAGGCUGAGCCCAAGGAGCAGAACCAGCGGGAGAAGCUGGUGGUCUCAGAGGACUGCGAACUCAUCACGACAGUGGCCGUUGUCCCCGGCCGCCUGGAGGUGACGACACAGCAUGUCUACUUCUACGAUGGCAGCAGCGAGAAGGAGGAGACGGAGGGAGGGAUCGGCUACGACUUCAAGCGCCCCUUGUCCCACCUGCGUGAAGUCCACCUGCGUCGCUACAACCUGCGCCGCUCCGCGCUCGAGCUCUUCUUCAUCGACCAAGCCAACUACUUCCUCAACUUCAAAAAAAAGGUGAGGAACAAGGUGUACUCCUGCAUCCUUGGCCUGCGUCCCCCCAGCCAGAUCUACUUCGGCAGCCGCUCGCCCCAGGAGCUGCUGAAAGCCUCAGGGCUCACGCAGAAAUGGGUCCUGCGGGAGAUCUCCAACUUCGAGUACCUCAUGCAGCUGAACACGAUCGCGGGGCGCACCUACAACGACCUCUCCCAGUACCCCGUGUUCCCCUGGAUCCUGCGGGAUUACAUCUCAGAGACCCUCGACCUCACCAACCCAGCCGUGUUUCGGGACCUGUCCAAGCCCAUCGGGGUGGCCAACGAGCGGCACGCCCGGGACGUGAAGGAGAAGUACGAGAGCUUCGAGGACCCCACGGGCACCGUAGACAAGUUCCACUACGGCACGCACUACUCCAACGCGGCGGGUGUCAUGCACUACCUGAUCCGCACCGAGCCCUUCACCACCCUCCACAUCCAGCUGCAGAGCGGCAGGUUUGACUGCUCGGACCGGCAGUUCCACUCGGUGCCAGCGGCGUGGCAAGCCCGCAUGGAGAACCCCGUGGAUGUCAAGGAGCUCAUCCCAGAGUUCUUCUACUUCCCUGAGUUCCUGGAGAACCAGAACGGCUUCGACCUGGGCUGCCUGCAGCUCUCCAACGAGAAGGUGGGCGACGUGGUGCUGCCCCGGUGGGCGCGCUCCCGUGAGGACUUCAUCUACCAGCACCGCAAAGCCCUGGAGUCAGAGUAUGUCUCAGCCCACCUCCACGAGUGGAUCGACCUUAUUUUUGGGUACAAGCAACGAGGCCCGGCCGCUGUGGAGGCCCUCAACGUCUUCUACUACUGCACCUACGAGGGGGCCGUGGACCUGGACGCCAUCGCUGAUGAGACACAGAGGAAGGCUUUGGAGGGCAUCAUCAGCAACUUUGGGCAGACGCCCUGCCAGCUGCUCAAGGAACCCCAUCCCGCCCGGCUGUCCGCAGAGAGCGCUGCCCAGAGGCUGGCCCGCCUCGACACCCGCUCACCCAACAUCUUUGAGAACCUGGACCAGCUCAAGUCCUUCUUUGUGGAGGGCAUCAGCGAUGGGGUGGCCCUGGUGCAAGCUGUGGUCCCCAAGAACCAGGCGCACUCCUUCAUCACUCAGGGAUCACCCGAUGUCCUGGUCACUGUGAGUGCCAACGGCUUGUUGGGGACCCAUAACUGGUUACCCUACGACAAGAACAUCUCCAACUACUUCAGCUUCACCAAAGACCCCACCGUCUCCAAUGCAAAGACCCAGCGUUUCCUGCAGGGCCCCUUCGCCCCCGGCGCGGAUCUCUGCUCCCGCACGCUGGCCGUGUCCCCCGACGGGAAGCUGCUCUUCAGUGGGGGACAUUGGGACAACAGCCUCCGCGUCACCUCACUGGCCAAAGGGAAGGUUGUUGGGCACAUCACCAGGCACAUAGAUGUUGUCACCUGCCUGGCGCUUGACCUCUGCGGCAUCUACCUCAUUUCUGGGUCCCGGGACACCACCUGCAUGGUGUGGCAGGUCCUACAGCAGGGUGGGUUUUCCUGCGGCUUGGCUCCCAAACCUGUCCAGGUCCUGUACGGCCACGACGCCGAGGUGACGUGUGUGGCCAUCAGCACCGAGCUGGACAUGGCAGUGUCGGGCUCCAAGGACGGCACCAUCAUCAUCCACACCAUCCGCCGAGGUCUCUUCAUCCGAUCCCUGCGGCCGCCUGGCGAGAGCUCUCCCCCCACCGUCCUCUCCCACCUGGCCGUGGGGCCGGAGGGGCAGGUGGUCGCCCAGACCGCCGUAGGUCAACGAGCCUGCUUGAAGGACAGGUUUGCGCUGCACCUCUACUCGGUGAACGGGAAGCACCUCUCCUCUGUCCCGCUGGACGAGGAGGUGACGGCCAUGUGCCUGACGGAGGAGUUCGUGGUGCUGGGGACCAUGCAGUGCGGGCUGGAGAUCCGUGACCUCCAGAGCCUCAGGGCGGCCGUGCCCCCCAUGCCCAUGCGGGUGCCCGUCCACAGCGUGUCCGUCACCAAGGAGAAGAGUCACAUCUUGGUGGGGUUGGAGGAUGGCAAGCUCAUCGUGGUGGGGGCUGGGCAGCCCGCUGAGGUGCGGCCGGGCCAGUUCCACCGGCGGCUGUGGCGUUCCACGCGCCGCAUCUCCCAGGUGUCGGCGGGAGAGACGGAAUACAACCCCCCCGAGGGCAAGUCCUAGGCUGGCACCCACCACCCACCCCCCCACCCAGGGUGUCCCGCACCCCCUGGGCGCGGAAAGACCGGGGCCGGGGGGGAAGACACCCCCCCACCGCCCCCCAAAUUUGGCGGAGGGGGGGGUGUGGGGGGGGAGGGGAGGGGGAUGCCGGAGAGCCCCACGCUCUGCCUGCGCAGCCCCUCGCCCGUGGCCUUAUCCAGCCCCCCACCCCAAUUUUAGGGGGGUGUCCCCCCCCCGAUUCCCGCGGAGGGACGGGGGCGAGGAGGAGGCGGGGACCCCUCGCUGGGAAGGGGGGUGCCAUGUCGUCGUGUGUGUCGUCGUGUCCCCCCCCGCCCCCCAGCCAUGCCCGCUGGCCAGGAGCCGGACGGUGUGUCUGUG